AUGUUUCAGGUGAAUGACUAUGAUGGCUAUGAGAGGGCUGCACUGCAUUACGCAGCUGAGCGUGAUGUGUUCUGUGUUGAGCUCCUACUGGAGAGCGGGGCAGACAUCAACAUCCCCGACGGCAACUGUGACACGCCUCUUCACUGGGCAGCCUUCAAGAACAACAUACAGUGUGUGAAGCUGUUGCUCCAACGAGGGGCCAAGGUAGACCCACUGGACUUUAACAAUGAUACACCAUUAGCUUGGGCAGCAAGGAAAGGUCACGUGGAGGUCAUCAGUGUCCUCCUGGACUAUAAUGCCGAUCCCCACAUAGAGAACCUGCGCGGUCUCACCCCAGUCGACAAGUGUAUCCAGGUUCAGAUCAGUGGACUCAAUACAGACAAUGACAAUGACUGCCUGGGGCUCAUGCUUCGAGCCUCCUGGAAACUUGAACUGACAGAUGCACAGCAGGAGUCUAUUAAAGGGGAUAAUCGCCUCAGUGACUUGUUGUUACCCAGGAUUGUGUCUCCGAGCCCGCUACAGAGCCAUUGUCGCUAUCUAAUACGCAAGGCGUUAGGGUGCAGAUUUUUACCCAAUGUUGUCCCUAAACUUCCUGUUCCACAGAGACUUCAAGAUUUUAUAUCACUGAAAUGCUGA